AUGUUAAGAUGGCUCAGAAACCCUCAAAGAACGGGUCUAGCGGGACCACGGGCGCAUGCACCGCGGCGAACGUGGACCGGCCACUGCGGGCGCCUCCAUUCGCGGACCAAUCUGAUGACGGAGGGGAGUUGCUCUGGUGCUAGGAGACGACGCCUCGCUGCUAUUACGGACUACGCGCUCCGCCUGCACCUGGAUUCUGAGUCAUUCCAAGAGAGACACAAACAAAGAGAGACAAACAGAGAGAGACACAAACAGAGAGAGACACAGAGAGGGACACAAACAGAGAGAGACACAAACAGAGAGAGACACAAACAGAGAGAGACACAAACAGAGAGAGACACAGAGAGAGACACAAACAGAGAGAGACAAACAGAACCCGCCGCCGACCUUCUCGUCGGCCUGGCGAUCUUUCCCCCUCCAGUAAUCUUCCGCAGCGGAGCAACGCCCCAGGCGAAAUAA